UUUGGCAACAAAAUAGUGAAGUUCAAAGCAUAGGAGCCCGAUUCAACAGUAAGAUCCUAUUCACACGCUUUCUUCUUCAAAUCCAUUCCAAUUCUAACCAUAACACACUCACAAACACAACAAUCACACACAAAAUUGCGUUAUCUCUGUUUUUUUCUUUUUCUGUGUCAACGACUAUAGCUACAACUCACUAAAACAACCAUUUUGUUUCUUUCUUCAUGUUUCUUUGUUGACCCUUUUGUGCAUUGAAAUUUUCACAAAUUAGAUAGAUUUAUUGGUAAAGUUUUGUGCUUUUGGUUACCCUUUAUCCUUAUCUCAAAUGGGUUUUCAUCAUAAUGUCAUUUAUAGAGCUAGUAAUGACUCAAGACAUCUAAGAUUGUAAAUGUUUGUGUUGGAUUAUUGAAUACUUUGAUAAAACUCAUCUUCAUUAUAUUUUCUCCAAAGUCAUUGCAAAAGUGAAUCAUGGUUGUGAUUAUAUCAAAUAGACAAGUGUUGAUUUUUUGCUUGUGAGUUGUGAAUACUAGCUAUGACAAUGGUUGAGAGAAAUUUGAAUUCUUCUAAGAUUGUUUCUAAAAAAUCAUUGUUUUUCUUAAUGACAAUGACAUCAAUCAUGUUCUUAAUGUCAUGGUUCUUCGUUCUGCGGUCCACGGGCCGUCCUAAUUUCAUCGAUCUCAACUUAUUGCCAAAUUCAAAGCUUUUAUCCACCCUUGAAGACUCGAAGUUUCAAACGAAAAGCCAGAACAUCGAGUCCUCAUUCGGAAACCGUGCGAUUCUAGUGGAUACCGAAGAUGUUGAAGAGGAAAGUGAGACAAAGAAUGAUAUAAAUGAUGGUGUAAAAUGUAGUAGUAAUAUUAGAAAUGAUGAUUUUCUUCUCAAGGUUUUCAUGUAUGAUUUACCAUCUGAAUUUCAUUUUGGACUCUUGGAUUGGAAACAAAGUGGUGAAAGUGUUUGGCCUAAUGUUAGAACAACAAUACCUGGUUACCCUGGUGGUUUGAAUUUGCAACAUAGUAUAGAAUUUUGGCUUACAUUGGACAUUCUUGCAUCACAAGUAACUAAUGCUCCUAAGGCUAAGACGGUGAUUCGAGUUCAAAACUCUAGCGAAGCCGACAUUAUAUUCGUGCCAUUCUUUUCGUCGUUGAGCUAUAACCGAAACUCAAAAAGUAGUCCAAAUGUGAAGAAGACAAAGAACAUGAUACUUCAAGAGAAGUUAGUGAAGUAUUUGACAUCUCAAGAGGAAUGGAAGAAAUCAGGAGGAAAAGAUCAUUUGAUUAUAGCACACCAUCCUAAUAGUAUGUUGGAUGCAAGAAUGAAAUUAUGGCCAGCUACAUUUAUACUUUCUGAUUUUGGAAGAUAUCCUUCAAGUGUAGUUAAUGUUGAAAAAGAUGUGAUUGCACCUUAUAAGCAUUUGAUUAGUUCAUAUGUCAAUGAUAAUUCCAACUUUGAUAGCCGUCCAACAUUGUUGUACUUCCAAGGAGCAAUAUAUAGAAAAGAUGGAGGUUAUGUAAGGCAAGAGCUAUAUUAUUCAUUGAAAGAUGAAAAGGAUGUACAUUUUUCAUUUGGGAGUAUUAAAAAUGAUGGAAUCAAGAAAGCAACAGAAGGCAUGCGAUCUUCAAAAUUCUGUCUCAACAUAGCAGGCGACACGCCUUCAUCGAACCGCUUAUUCGAUGCAAUCGCUAGUCAUUGUGUCCCCGUGAUCAUCAGUGACGAAAUUGAACUACCGUUCGAGGACGUCCUCGACUACUCCGAGUUCUGCGUAUUUGUUCAGUCUAUCGAUGCUAUCAAGGAAAAUUAUCUCAUAAAUUUCAUAAGGAGUAUAGGCAAAGAAGAGUGGACAAAAAUGUGGAACAAGUUGAAAGAGGUUGAACAUUUUUUUGAAUAUAAUUUUCCAUCUAAGGAAGGUGAUGCUGUACAGAUGAUUUGGCAGGCUGUUUCACAUAAGGUUUCUGCUGUGAAAUUGAAGUUAAAUAGAUCUAGGAGGUUUUCAAGGUCCCCUCCAAGUAUAGAGAAAGGAUUGAAAUCAAUAAAUGUACCUAAAAACUUUUGGUGAUAAAAAAUAAUUUGGGUAGCAUCAAUAGAUACCUAAAAUAUCAAGUUAUGCAGCAAUUAGAAUCUUUUGGAUAUAAAAGUAUCAUCAAGUUACAAUGUAGGUUGGUAUAGAUGAUUGGACUUUCCACUCGCAUCAGUUGUGAUUUGGAUUGAAGUAUGAAAUUAUCUCAUUAGUAGGCUACACUUAAA